AUGGUUGGAAAUAUGCUCAUCACGAUGAAUCGAUUCUCUGCGCUUUGCCUCAAGGAGAAGUACGAUAAGAUAUGGUCACGAAGAAAUGUGCGAAUUAUACUAGCGUUACAUUUCACCUGCGCCUUCGCUACUUCAACUCCAUUAUUUGCAGCAGAAUAUGUGUUCAUUCAGAAUAAUGACGGAACGUUCAAAUAUAUGGGCUUGGACAAACGUAGUGAUCUGAUCAUCAGAUGCGUCUAUGUAGCAGCUCCACUGCUUUACGCUGUUGUCAGCCUUAUUCUAAACACCCAGCUGCUCAUCGAGCUCCGCAGAUUACUGAAGGUCAGCGAGUCCGGGAGACAUGUACGGCAUGAGAAGGUGAGCAAGCAAUUAUAUCACUGA